AUGUUCAUGACAGUAGUAGUAGCAAAUCGAGGGAAUCAUUUUUUCCUCGGGAUGCCCGAGUUGAUUUAGCCCCGUAUGUGCAUGACAGUAGCAAAUCGAGGGAAUCAUUUUUUCCUCGGGUGAGAGUUGGUGAUGUGACGUCCGUUCAAGAUUUUAGCAGUAAUUCUGAGACAUCGGUAACAGAUUCUGCCCAGGCACCGUUUCAUGGUCGGUCAAGUAGCAAAGCAGGGAAAAAUAGGAAGAACAAACGCACUCGUGCGCCGACUUCUAGGUUAGCCCCGCAGCAAGCUGAAUUUGUACUGACUGGUAGUAUGCCCUUGAAUCAUAACACGGAAAGACGUGCCUCUGUUUCAAGUGCAUCGAGUGGUGGACCCACUUAUGAGACGUUUCAUGCGUCAGCACUGAGUAAAUAUCCACAACAUCCGAAUGCGUUAAAUUCGUCCUCCAAGAGAGUGCGAAUUUCUGCCCGACUUUGUAAUCACGCUGUGUCUGACCUCACUAUCGACACAGCAGCUGAUGUACCGUGUAUAUCAGCGUCUUUUAUUAAAUCGCAUCCAGUCCUGCAACGUAUACCUCUGAAACCUGUGCCUCCUGGCGCAAUUCAGUUGAAUAGUGCAGAUGGCUCAGCGUUAGAAAUCCUAGGAUACAUCCGUUUUAAGCUCACACUGGGAGAUAUCACACUACCAGUGGAGGCCCUCGUGUUGCCCAACCUAGGUCCGGAUAAGAUGUUGCUCGAUAAUAGCAUUAUGAAUGCCUUUGGUGCCGUCCUUGAUU